GCGACCGUCAGUGGCAAGAUCGAUAAUUGUUUGCAGCCAUGGCCUUGCCUGUCUCUAUCCGUGCAUCUGUAACGCCUCUGGAGCUAGAACUGAUCGCAUCAGAAACACUGGUCGAUAUCGUACCUUUGAUUUCAAUGGAAAAGACUGCUUUCAUUUCUGGCGCAUAUGGACCGCUUCGUCCACCAGUAAAAAGUCGUAUACCUCUUUGGAUGGCAACUAAUCUCAAGCUGAAGAAGAAAUGCCACAUUGUUCCCCCUGAUUGGCUUAACAUUGAAUUCCUCCAAGAACGACUUACCCAUGAAACAAGUUAUCCAGCAUUCAGCGAUCUCCCUUUUCGGUUUGCUGAAAUUGCUAAAGUCAUUUUGGACGUGGCUUCAGACGACUUGCAGAAUCCAGACAAAAUCAGGUCUCUCUUGAAAGACUUGCGCGAAGCUCGUCAAGCAAAGAGUCGCGAAGGUCUCCAAAAACUCGAUCACAGCGAACUGAGUUUACCAAAUCUAUGUUCUAUGGAAAUCAACGAGAUCCGUCCUUUCUUCAUUCAAGCAAUGAGUGUUUUAACCAAAUUAGUCAGAGAGCCUACUGCAGGACCCUAAACAUAGUUCCUUCGGGCCCAUCGUAAUAACCUUAGGUAUAUCUUGCAUCCACAUUUUCCAUCACGAUCACACGAACAGCCUAUUGAACUCAGUAACUCAGUAAACCAAAUACAUCCGUGUGCAUUUUACAUAUCAUAAUUGUCCACAGAACACUACAGAAAUAUCCGACGUGUAAACAUUGUGGCAGCGACCA